AUGCAGCACCCCACUCCCCCGCCGCCAACCUUCACGCCCACCGCCCCGCGCGCCACCAAGAUCGCCCUCGCGCUCCUCGUCCUCCUCACCACCAUCGUCUUCUGCAUCCUCGCGGACGAGGACGACGCCGACGACCCGGGCCCGGCGCGCGUCCCGCGAGAAGUGGCACCGCCGCGGGGUGGCGGUUAUGCCGACGAUCAGUGA